GAGGAGGAGCAGGAGGGGCGGUGGAGGCGGCAGAGGAGGCGUCAGCAUCAGCGGAGGCGGCUUUAGGGUGGUUUCGGAGGAGGAGCGAAUACCGUGGGAGGAGGUUGUCGAGGACGCUGAGGAGGUGGUGACCGCGGUGGUGGCUACUCCGGGCUACCUGGCAAUGCUAUCGGAGACCGGUCGACUGCGGCUGUACGGAAUCCUGCCGCGGCAGCCAAUCGGUGAAUGACUGGUGCUGGCUUACGUUUUCCUCUGCGAUGCGAGGAAGUGCUCUUCUUUAGCAUAGCGCUGCACGCCCCACAUAUGCGUGAUGUGCGUGAAGGGAAGUACUGCGCAUCAUUGGCACUUAUUUGCACAAUAACCGACUAUUAAGGUCAAUCCUUUUUUGUGAAUUCGUUUACUGUUUGGAACGUGCAGAUACUGGCUUGUCGCUUAACGAUAUUGGCGCGUUUGCGCGCCAACUUCCUAAGCCUGCGCAAAGGAACUUUGGUAGAGCUACAAUUGUUUCAAGGUUAUGGCUGAACCUUUAGUUUCAGGGGCCCGGCCCGCUGGGCCCGAAAUUAAACGCAAGCGGGUGAAGGACAAGGGUGAUGACUUAGGAAUCCUUGCGGUGCGGGCUGACCUGGGCUAUUCAGGGCCUGUAAAUUGGCCAAACUUUGAUCCCGAUGCACCGAUCUAUGGGGCACGGAGCCGAGCAGCCGGGUCCGUAUCCAGGGCGCAUGGCCACCUGGUGGCGGGCCCCGCUGCUAUGCUACCAACUUUCACACCAAGAAAUCACUACCUUUCCACGCCACACGAGCAGGACGUCAUCGUAAACCGCGAGCAAUUCCUCACCGACCAGUGCAACUGGCUGCAGUCCACGCAGCCGGGCACCUAUGUGCCUCGAGACGUGCUCCUCCGCCUGCUCUCACAGGACAUCCGCGCAAACACGGAGCGCGACCCCGCAUUUGGCAGCUCCAAAUUCAGCUGGAGCGAUCUUAACGCUGCUUACGCGUCUGGUUAUCCCUCUUACGAGGCCGCAGCUGCGGAGCUGGCAGGCAACCGAACAGCUGCCCUGACGCUGCCGGGCGGCAUGACGGUGGUGUUCUCAGCGACGGGGCAGAUUGGCGAGGUUCUGUCAUUGACGCUGCUACGAGCUGCGCCGACUGGAGGCUCCGAAACCCACAUGCCGCCGGCGCCUGCGCCUGCUUGUGGAGGGGCGCCUGCGCCUGCACCUGCGUCGGGGACAGCUGCAGCCGCAGCGGCACCGCCCCGCUUGCAGGCCUACCCCGCCGCCCAACUCUCGCUCAACAAGUCCAUCUGGCAGAUUGAGCUCAAGGAGCACCGAGCGCCCGCACCGCUGCGGCCUACCGCUGGGGUCGGGACCGCUGCUGCUGCUGGGGCUUGGGCUGGGGCGCCGACUGGGACCGCUGCUGCUGGGGCCGGAGGUAAAGCCCACGCCCACCCAUCGCAUGACGGUGCUGCUGCUGCUGCUGCUGCUGCUGCUGCUGGGCGGGAGGAGGGGGAGGAGCGCUGCCUCGCCCCCCCCGCGGUGUGGGUGGCGGUGCGGUGCAACUACUGUGUGAAUGUGCUGCUGGCGCACCAGGUGGACCCGCAGGACUGGCGCAGCUGGCGUCUGGAGUGGCGCGCCAGCCACCUCACACCGCGCCUCACCGCACACAUCUGCUGGAACCCCCACCUGCCCGAACUGGCUCUCGUGACCGCCGACGGAGCCGUCGCCAUCGCCUCCACGCAUGCUGCAGCCGGCGGCGACGCCGCCUCGCUCCGCCAGCUAGAUGUACGGCAGGUGCUGCGGCCCAUGCACCCGCAGCACAAGCCGGUCGAGGGGGAGAAAAUGCGAAAGAGGAAGGGGCCGUACACGUACUGGCGGAUGCAGGGGGACCAGCCCAUGGCGCUGGUGCUGGGGUCGGGGCGGCUGAGGGUGGCGUACGGUGGGUGUACGACGGUGGGGGCGUGUGUGUGUGUAGUUGAGUAGAAACAAGAGCAAGCAGUUGGGAUAGGUUCGCAUGUGAACCGCGAGUAUAGUCAAAACAGAGGCAAAGCAGAGAUUAACAAACCUGAAACGUAACUCAAUAACUGCUUAAAACGCGGGUGCUGGAUGUAAGAAGAGUGGCGGGUUGACGACGCAUGUCGGUGAUGCUGAUGGUGUCGGGAAAACUAAUUACUGCUGAGUACCUAGCCCGCUGACCAACUCGACGCCGGGAGCCCCCGCUCUGGUCACGCAGACGAGACACCACAAUGCUGUGCAUGCGUGCGUGCAAACGCGCAUUGCGUACCUGCGAGCAAAAGCGCCGUAGUCAGCACCAGUACCAGCAGCUGCAGUAAUGCGAGUAAUGCCAUGCGCAGGAACAUGAACCAGAGCGAGGAAAAGGGGGACAGAGUUAGAGACAAAAUGGACCUAGAUCGAAGUGCGAAAUGUACGGCAAAGCAGGAUGGCAUGUGAGACAGGACGAACGCAAGCACAACACAACAUGAAUGCAAAUGCAGAAAACAAAGACAACACAACCGGCGCGAGUGGUCGAGCAGGCACUGAGCUGUGGCUGCAGCGGUCAGCUGAACCGCACUGAGAAGUAGCGUUGUCUAAGAUGGGGGCGUGUGUGUGUGUGUUAAGAUAACUGGCCGCGAAGAGAAACGUACUGUGAUUGCCGAAACGGG